AUGGCGCAAAGCAAAGCGACCAAGAAGUUCGAGAAGCACCACUUGAAAGACACAUUGGAGCGACGGAAAGGACAGAAGAAGAUUAAGCAAAAGGUUCAGCUCAAGGCGAAGCAGAAGGCCAGAAGGGUGGAGGAGAAUGGUGGGAAGGAUGCUGAAACUCCUGCCACUGCUGCCGCGUCUGCGAAUACGAACGGCAAUGGUAGGGUGGCGAAGAAUGCGUUUCAGGAUAUGAGCGUGGAUGAUUUCUUCCAGGGAGGGUUUGAGGUGCCGGAGUUGCCUGCCAAGCAGAAGGGUGGGAAGAGGAAGAGGGCGGAUGCUGACGAGGAGGAGAAUGUGUCCGAGUCGGAGGGAUCGUUGGUCGAGGAGCCGGUCACAGCAGGUGCGGGUGAAGGUGACUUGGACUCGGAUGAGGACGACAUAGACCACAAGGCGCAGCUUGACGCUCUGGCCGAGAAUGAUCCUGAGUUCCAUAAGUAUUUACAGGACAACGAGCCAGAACUCCUUGGUGGCGAGAUGGCAGAGAUUGGUGACAUCAGCGAUGAUGAGGGCGGGCCUAAGAAGAAAAAGCAGAAGAAGGGUCAAGCUGCUGAGGAUGAUUCCGACGACGAGAUGACCGGAGCAGGCAAGAACGAGCUGGACAUGGCUACUGUCAAGCGAUGGAGUACUGCCAUGUCCGAACAACACUCCCUCCGCGCAGCUAAAGAGGUCGUCCUCGCAUUCCGCGCCGCUGCACACGUUUCGGAGGACGACGAUAAGAAGGAAUUCAAGUACUCUAUCUCCUCGCCGGAAGUCUACCACCACCUCCUCACUACAGCACUCAAGCAUAUUCCGACAGUGUUCAACCACCACCUACCCGUACAAGAGAACCAGAAGACCGGCAAACUGCACGUCUCGACCGAAAGCAAGAAAUUCAAGACCCUCGUCUUUUUGCUGAGGAGCCAGGUCACGAGUAUAAUCCACCUCCUAGACAACCUCUCCGAUGCCUCAACUCUACGACUCACGCUCUCGUCCACUCUACCACUACUACCUUACCUUCUCUCAUUCAAGAAACUCAUCCGAGACACCGCUCGCGCCACUGCCACAGUCUGGUCCUCGCACUCCGUUCCCGAAACCACUCGUAUCGCCGCUUUCCUCGUCCUUCGCCGCCUCAUCGUCAUCGGAGACGCCGGGAUCCGCGAGAAUGUCUUGAAAGCAGCUUAUCAGGCCCUAGUGAAGGGGGCAAGGAACACGACUGUUCAUACUCUACCUGGAGUGAACUUGAUGAAGAACUCUGGGGCUGAGCUGUGGGGCCUCUGUCCGCCGGGCGAUGGCGUAGCGUACACCACUGCGUUCUCGUUCAUCCGACAACUGGCCGUGCAUUUGAGGACGAGUAUCACUAACAACUCGAACGAGAGUUACAAGGUCAUUUAUAACUGGCAGUACAUUCACAGCCUGGACUUUUGGUCCCGAGUCCUGAGCUCGCAUGCCGUCGAGGCCGCAUCACCGCUUCGUCCGCUCAUCUACCCUCUCGUGCAGGUUACGCUCGGGGCGCUGAGGCUGAUACCCACUGCUACGUACUUUCCGCUCCGAUUCCAUCUUAUUCGCUCGCUACUGAGGAUCUCGACGACGACGGGGACGUAUAUCCCGCUUGCACCCGCUUUGUAUGAAGUCCUGGCAAGCGCGGAGAUGAGGAAGGCGCCGAAGAGUGCUACCCUCAAGCCUUUGGACUUUGCUACUGUGAUUAGAGCGCCCAAGACUUAUCUUCGUACGAGGAUAUAUCAGGAUGGGGUGGGUGAGCAGGUCGUGGAGUUGAUGGGCGAGUUCUUCGCGUGUUGGGGGAAGAACAUCGCGUUCCCUGAACUCGUCUUACCGGUGCUCAUCCUCCUGAGAAGAUGGCUUAAGGAUGCUGGGUCGAGGGUGCCGGGAAAAGGGAACAAGAAUCAGAAAGUCAAUACAGCUCUCACCCUCCUCGUGCAGAAGCUUGAAGCCAACGCUCGGUUUAUUGAGGAAAAGCGGGCGAAAGUGGAGUUCUCGCCUUCGGAUCGCAGGGGUGUGGAAGCUUUCCUGCGAGAUUUCGAGGUCAAGAAGACACCGUUGGGGGCGACGCGGGAGGAGAAGGCAAAGUUAGUCGAGCAGGGACGGGUGGAGGAGGAGAGGAGGCGGGAGAAGGAAAGUAAGAAGGAGGCGCAGAGUAAGCUGAAGGAGGUUGAGGAUGAUGAGGAGAGCGAGGAGGAGGAUGAGAGUGGCGCUGAUGGGCAAGGCGGUGUGGAUGUUAAGGAGGACGAUGAUAGUGAGGUUGAUGGCGGUGAGCUUGUUGUUGAUGAUGUUGCGGACGAGGAUGUAGAGCAUGAGGAUAGCGAGUAG